AUGAGUUCCUUUUCGAUGAGCGCGUUGACCAAGGCAUUGCCCUCAGUGUGCCGCCCAUCUCAACCUCGAAUCUCUUCCUUGGGCAUCACACGUCCCUUCUCGGUCAUAAGCUCUCAUCGCAGCACAUGGUCUGCACGCAACAAUGGCGGUGACAUCGAGACGCAGAUGUUGAAUCGAGAACCGGAAACAUCUUCCGAUUCUUCGUCGCCGCUUUCUGCAAUUACACGAAUGAUGCAGGGUGAGAGAUCUGGUGCAUCACCCUCACGCGCUCGCUCCGACUACUCGAAAAUGGCCGAAAGUCUCGAGGCCGAUAUGAUCAAGCAUCCCUACGCCGACCGAGCCCCUCCUCAUCACCUGCACGUCUACUGCCACAAGCACAACACAAUCAUCACCUUGACCCGACCAAACGGCAAUCCCCUCAUGUCUAUUGGAUGUGGUCAGAUUGGUUUCCGCAAAGCUGGGCGCUCCGGCUUUGACCCAGCAUACCAACUGUCUGCUCAUUUCAUGACUCAAAUUCAAGAAAAGGGCUUCCUGAUGGAAAUCGAGCGGCUGGAGGUGAUCUACCGCGGAUUUGGAAAGGGCCGUGAGGCCUUUACGAAAGUGCUCUUGGGCAACGAGGGACGACAUGUUCGGGGUCUUGUUGCAAGAGUCUUGCUUGUUCCCACGACAGAAUCUCUCAUCGGUUCACGCGACCGGGAGUCCAAUUUGCUGUACUCCGAUCUUGUCGCGUCAGAGGAAUUUCUAGGGAGCCAUGUGCUCCGCAUCCCGAUUCAUACUGGUUCUGCAAAUUCGAAGGAGGAGAGUAAUGUGCGAGAUAACCGAGGGAAAGCCAAACAGGUGACCACCUUCAAUGGAAGGACGGUGAUCAUCAAGGACAACUCAGUAUACAGCAACAAAGGCUUCAAAUCCCUCACACAAGCUCAGCUUCUUUCCGAUGCGCUCUAUUUUACUCCAUCCAAUGAAUCGUGCCCAUGGCUUAUUUACUACAUCUCUCGCCCGCUGAUCGGAACGUACGACCCCGCAAGAAUUAUACCAGCCGCAGUCCCUGGGAUCGAGUCCAGGAUCGUGGCAGCUAGUCCAGAGAAAAAGUAUGGCAGCGGAAGUUCAAUUGGGACACCACCAAAACAAGAAAUCAAAUCCUUUGGGGAACUUCUUGCCAAUUUCCCGAUGAUAGCCAGGCAGAUGCAUCCGGGCCUGGAAAGAUUAUUCCGAGAGUUUGGAAAAGAAUUGGGGAAACCACUGCCACCACCUCCUUCACGAUCCCCGUCUGCAUCCGGCAAUGAACGCGUUCACAGAUUAUCCCGCACCGAAUCACUGACGGAUGAGAGUUCUUCAAUCCGCAGCUGGUCCUCACGCAGCAGAGGGCGACUGCCAUUCAACUCGGAAGAAUACUUUGAGGAUGAUGAGGACCUCAUGCGUCGGAGUUUGGAAACCGCUGUGACUGCUGCCAUUGAUCUCUUCCGCCUGGUCGACAAGCAGCAAUUAUCGUUACUUGGCGCGACCACAGAUCUCACCGGUCCUCUAGUGGAGCGCCUCAUAGAACGUUAUGUCGCGGAACAAGUUCAUGAGCCCCUACUUUUCCCUCGUCUAUGUUCAUUCCGCCAACCCGAGGACACAGAGUUGGAUGCUAGGAUUCGCCAGAUGGAAAGCAUAGAUGUGUCCCAAGUCGGCAUCUCUGUUGAGGGCGGGCGUGACGGGAAACGAGAAUUGAUUCGACGAAUUGGCCGGGGCGUGGAAGAGUUUCGGAAGAUUAAUGAUGCCCGAUGUCCCCAUGAUAUGUUGAACACUCUCCUUGGGACAGUCAAGGUGGUUUCCUUCCCUGGAAGUUAUGAUCACAUGGACGGUUCAGUAUCCGAGAAAGGAUCUUCCUCUGUGACAAUUAACGCCGAUGUCCUGGUCUCUUUGUUGCUUGUCGUUGUCAUUCGGUCCCAGAUUCGGCAUCUCCAAGCUCGAUUAUUGUACAUGCAGCACUUCAUCUACAUCGACGACGUCGAUAGCGGCGAGAUGGGAUAUGCUUUGAGCACAUUUGAAGCUGUCUUAAUGUAUCUCGUGACCGACUCCGCGGGGCUGCGGCGUGCCAGUGUUAGAAAUAAACGUUUGUGGCAAGCAACAAAGGCAGGCAGAGUAUCAGAUAUGAGGUCCAUCCUGGAACCGAACGAGGAUCACGAGUCAAUAGAUGACACGACACCCCCAGAACCAGAGCGAAAGUCGGUGCUGUUCCAAACCGAUGAGAUUGAUGACAUGGAUGAGCCCCCUAUUGAGAACCUUUAUACGAGCUACACCAAUGGGGAAACAUACCAGGAUGAAGCCGUGGCUGAUGCACCGCCGUUAUCUCAUGUGUUCCCUUUCCAAACCUGGGGUGGUCUUCCCCAUGUCCAGGAAACUCGGUCUCACCGUCCAAUCAAGCGGGUUUCAAUGGAUGUUCGCAGCCUAUCGGAAUCUUCGGCCAUCUCCUUCAUGUCUAGAACAACGACGCUCGGAUCCAUGGCCAGUGGAAUCGAGGGCGACAGUUCGAUUGAGACCCUGACCAAAACCCAAGAUCCUGCCGGUCAUUCCAUACCAAUGAUGGCAGUUGAGGGUGGUCAGUCCGAGGCCUUGAGGUAUUUGUUGAAUCUGGAAGAAUACUACCCCUUGGAAGAAAUAAUCCAUGACACCAAUGCCGACGGAACCACGCUCUUGAAUGCUGCGGUCCAACUUGCACACAAUGAGAUUGUCAAGAUUCUUCUGGACUUCUUGUUCGCAAAGACAGAUACCAGCGUGAUCGCGUUUUAUUUGACUAGAUCCGAUGUUCACGGUCGGACAGUUGCCCAUUAUCUUUUCAGCACACCCUCCUUGCUAGCAAGACUUGGUGGCAUUAUCCCAUGGCGGCAACGAGACAAGCAUGGACAAACACCACUCUUUGCACUCUGCCGAUCUUACGACCAUCCGGAAUACAAGCCGAUGGUCCAGGCUGCUUUGACUGCAGCUCAAUGGGCACAAAGGGACAACAAACCACUUCAGCUUGAUGAUCAUGUUGAUGUGAAGGGAAACACACUACUACACAUCGUUGGUGAUCCUGAAAUUACUAGGCGUAUAUUGCAGGAGAGCGAUUGCGAUCCAAAUGCGACCAAUGAUAAGAGAUUUACACCAUUGAUGAUGGCCAGCAAAUAUGGACGGGUCGAUCAAGUUCGCAUUCUCUUCCUAGACCCCAGGGUGGAUGUUCAUGUCAAAGAGGCCCGUGGUCUGACAGCUGUGGAAUUGGCGAAGGACGAUGAAGUACGAAAUCGCAUUGAUGAUUUGAUAUUGCUGUCUCAUCCCGCAUCGGCUUGUGGAGAUCCUUCAGGUCGCGUCACAACGGUCGUGCGGUCGUUCUUCGUUGAGGAUGCAACAGUGCGUUUCAUUCUCAAAUCCGGCGCACCAUUUCCUCACUCUGAAUCUGUGGCAUCAUCACGACCUGGAUCAACAACAUACACCGUCACAACCUGUCGCCGGAAUUUCUCUGAUUUUGAGAAUUUGGCGAAAUGGCUUGCAGUGGAACAUCCAGCAUCUUACAUGCCAUCGCUGUCAGAUUUCCGGAAUCCAUUUCAAAUACAUUCGAAGCCAUCCAGAUCUGUGCUCCAUAAUCUCCAGGAAAGACUGGAUCGAUUCCUCAAAACGCUUCUCACCCAUCCAACUUUUUCUACCCACGAAAUGCUGUGGGAAUUCUUCCUCGUGCCAGAGCUCCAGCCUGAGAUGGUGGCCGACCGAUCCCACCGCAAGGCCGCCGUACUCACAGAGACCAUCGCAGACGAAUAUGCACCUAUCUCACUGGAGGGAAUGCGCGACACAGAACAGUUUGUUACUCAUGCUCAAGAGAUGGUGCGCGGUGUGCACGCGAACACGCGUUCCCUGAUUCGCCGAGGGCAUGCAAUGCAGAAUGGAGCAUCUGACCUCGCUGACGCUGUAAUGAUCUGCUCGUCUGUCCUUUCUACCCUCCGAGCUCCUACCAAUGCGCUCCCAAUCUCACACAUUGAAGCCUUCGCUCGUUACGCCACCUACCUUUCCACCUCUAGAUCCGACUCCUCUCCUCUCCUCCAGUAUUUAGCAGCCCUUUCUUCCAUCGACAACACAACCUCCGCAAUUCUCAUUUCUCUCUCCCGUCCACUGGCUCUCAUGUCCUCUCUCUCCUCCACAAACCGCCAUAUCGCUCGUUCUCGCUCCUCGCUUCUCUCCUCCUCCCUCCCCCGCAAAUUCAAUAUCAACCUGCCAGGCUUUGAGGAGUCUCGCCAGAAGUCUGUCCGUGAUCUCGAGCAAAAGGUUCGCGAUGGUGAGUCUGAAUCGACUCGGAUCGCCAAGGAGAUCUCAUGGAACAAGGAUGUCGUGGUCGGUGAACUCGCUGGUUGGACUUCAUGGCGGGAAAAAGUUGGCCGUGACGCCAUCCGAGCCUUUGUCAAAGAUACCCUUGUACGUGAAAAAGAGCGCGGCAAACGCCUCGAACGGUGCCUGCGCAGUGUGCGCGAUACGAGUGUAUGA